CUCUUAGGUCACUCUUUCAGCCCUUGAAUAAAAACUGCACCCAACUUCCCAGGCGCCCUCAUUGCCCAGCCGGACCCCAGCCCCCGAUAGGCUCGGGCCGCCCAGCUCGCCCCGUGCUCCGCCGGCCCCCGCCCAGCGCACCGGACCCCACCCCCGGCGCCCCGCGCUCGCCCCCUCAGUUCGCUCUCACCAUGGACAAGUUUUGGUGGCGCCUAGCCUGGGGACUGUGCCUCUCGCAGUUGAGCCUGGCGCAGAUCGAUUUGAAUAUAACCUGCCGAUACGCGGGUGUGUUCCACGUGGAGAAAAACGGUCGCUACAGCAUCUCGAAGACGGAGGCUGCUGACCUCUGCAAGGCUUUCAACAGCACCCUGCCCACCAUGACCGAGAUGGAGGCAGCCCUGAGCAUCGGGUUUGAGACCUGCAGGUACGGGUUCAUAGAAGGUCACGUGGUGAUCCCCCGUAUUCACCCCAACUCCAUCUGUGCCGCGAACAACACCGGGGUGUACAUCCUCACAUCCAACACCUCCCAGUAUGACACGUACUGCUUUAAUGCUUCAGCUCCGCCUGGAGAAGAUUGUACAUCGGUCACACACCUGCCCAAUGCCUUUGAAGGACCAAUUACCAUAACCAUUGUUAACCGUGAUGGCACCCGCUAUACCCAGACGGGUGAAUACAGAACUAACCCUGAAGACAUCUACCCCAGCAACCCCACUGACGAUGACGUGAGCAGUGGAUCGUCCAGUGAAAGAAGCACUUCGGGAGGCUACAGCAUUUUCCACACCCACCUUCCAACUGCCUACCCGACCCAGGACCAAGACAGUCCCGGGGCGUCCGACAACCCAGAGAAUCCCCCCAUUACCAUUACUUCAACUGUGCACUCAAACAGCCACGCAGCAGUUCAGGAGCAAACUAAUUGGAUGUGGUCCUGGUUGGGUAACUCACAGCCUAAGACUCAGGAUCACACAGCAGCUGCGACAACAGCUUUGAUGAGUUCUAGUGGCACAACUUCCAAAACAGCAACCAAGAGGCGAGAAGCCCAGGAUUGGCUUUCAUGGUGGUUUCAGCCAUCAGAGUCCGAGAAUCAUCUUCACACAACAACGAUAAUGGCCGGUACGGAUUCAAAUAUCAUCUCAGCAGGCUGGGAACCAACUGAAGAAAACGAAGAUGAAAGAGACAAACACCCCAGUUAUUCUGGAUCAGGCAUUGAUGAUGAUGAAGAUUUUAUCUCCAGUACCAUUUCAACCACACCACGGCUUUUUAACCACCCAAAACAGAACCAGGAUCGGACCCAAUGGAGCCCAGGCGAAUCGAAUCCAGGAGUGUUACUUCAGACAACUUCGAGGAUGACUGAUGUGGACAGAAGCAGCACCAUUGCUAAUGGAGAAAGCUGGACCCGUGAACCACACUCUCCUCUCAUUCACCAUGAGCGUCAUGAUGAAGAGGAGACCCAGCAUUCUACGAGCCCAACCCCGGCCCCUGACAGCCAUCCAGACCAAAGAAUGACAACGCAGAGUCAAGAGGACAGCUCCUGGACUUACUUCUUCGACCCAAUCUCACAUCCAAUGGGACGAGGUCAUCAAACAGAAAGAUGGAUGGAUAUGGACUCCAGCCAUAGUACAACACUUCAACCUUCUGCAGAUCCAAACACACAUUCGGUGGAAGAGUUGGACAGGACAGGACCUCUUUCCGUGACGACUCAACAGAGUAAUACUCAGAGCUUCUCUACAUCACAUGGAGACUGGGAAGAAGAUAAAGACCAUCCAGUGACUUCUACUCCAACAUCUAGCAGCAAGGAUGAUAGGACUGAUGGCAAAGGUGGAAGAAGAAGUGGACAUUUUCCUGAAGACUCAGCUACUUCAGUGGAAGGUUAUACUUCUCGGUCCCCAGCCACAAAGGAACCCAGGACCCUCAUCCCAGUGACCCCUGCUAAGACGGGGGUCCCUGAAGUUACUGAAGUUAAUAUUGCUGGAGAUUCCGACUCUAAUGUUGAUCAUUUCUUUUCAGAAGACCAAGACUCGCCAGUUCACCCCAGUGGGAGGUCCCAUACAACUCAUGGAUCAGAAUCAGCUGGACACACAAGUGGAAGUCAAGAAGGUGGGGCGAACACGACCUCCGGUCCUACGCGGAAACCUCAAAUUCCAGAAUGGCUCAUCAUCUUGGCCUCCCUCCUGGCCUUGGCUUUGAUUCUUGCCGUCUGCAUUGCUGUCAAUAGUCGAAGAAGGUGUGGGCAGAAGAAAAAGCUGGUAAUCAACAACGGUAAUGGAGCGGUGGAGGAGAGAAAGGCAAGUGGACUCAACGGAGAGGCCAGCAAGUCUCAGGAGAUGGUGCACUUGGUGAACAAGGAGUCCUCAGUGACCUGCGAUCAGUAUAUGACAGCCGAUGAGACGCGGAACCUGCAGAAUGUGGACAUGAAGAUUGGGGUGUAGCGCCUACACCGUGGUGACCUGGGAAAGAAAUGGCCGUUGGAGACACAACCAAUUCGAGGAGCUGGGACACUUCACAGAUGCAAUGUGCUACUGAUUGUUUCAUUGGGGGAUAUUUUUUUUAGUAUAAAAUUUUCUACUCCUUUU